AUGGCUAAACGCACCAAGAAGGUCGGAAUCGUCGGUAAAUACGGGACCCGUUAUGGCGCCUCCCUCUGGAAAAUGGCGAAGAAAACUGAAAUCAGCCAGCACGCCAAGUACACCUGCUCCUCCUGUGGCAAAACCAGGAUGAAGAGGCGAGCCGCGGGGACCUGGCCCUGUGGCUCCUGCAUGAAAACCGUCGCUGGCGGUGCCGGGACCUACAGCACCACUUCUGCCGCCACAGGAAAGUCAGCCACUGGAAGACGGAAGGAAUUGAAAGGCCAGUAGAAGCUCCACAGUUUGAAACAUUGCGAGCCUAUAAUAAAUGGGUUAAUUUAUAUAACAAA